UUGUCAGUCAACAACAAUGCCUGGAAUCAGGACAGCUCGGGCGGAAUCUGUACAUAUGUCUGCGACACUUGUCCCAAAGCUGCCGUAUCACUUUACUCGCUCUGGAAUUGGACUUCGACGCCGCCGGCCGUUCACGCGUAUCCAAAUGUAGAGUUCCGAUCCGAUCGCCUUCCGCUACGACUGGGCGAUCUGCGCUCUCUCAACGUGUCCGCGUCGUGGGCAUUCGGCCCCGCAAGCUUCUCCCAGGCCGCCAGAGACCCGAACUCACCCGAAGAUCUUGCGUACAUCAACUCGAACAAUGUUCAGGCCAAUGUAGUGUUGGAUGUCUUUGCGGAUGAAGAUCAAGAGAAGUCGCAAACGCCAAGCAAGCAGAAGUACGAGUUCAUGGUAUGGGUUGGGCAGUUUGGGAAAGCGUCGCAGCCCGUGGGAAACCGAGCGCCUCGCGAUCCGCCGGUGGUCGCUAGAAUGGAUGAUGUCGACUUUACUCUCUGGAACGGCACCAACUCCAACGGACAGUAUGUGUAUUCUUGGAUUGCGAACGAGACUUUGACGGACUUCGACAUGGACUUUGCACCGUUGAUUGGGUUUUUGGCGAAAGAGGAAGGGGUCAGCGAAGAUGUAUACUUGGGCACGAUACAGUUUGGACACGAGACCUUCCUGGCUGCGAGUCAGAUGAAUUUCUCGAUUUCGUCCUAUGCUGCUGAUAUCUCAAGCAAUCGCCAGACCGGCGACAGCACAUCGAAGCCGACUGCGUCCCUUCCUGUUGCGACGAAAGUCAGCGCCGCGAGCCAACAUUCGAUAUUUUGGGUCGAUCCGGGAUGGUCGCUUUGGCUGAGUGGGGGUUUCUUCUUGAUUGGGUUCGGGGCUAUGCUGUGA